CUCCCAUCACUUUCUCUUCCAUUUCAAGUUUUCAACUACCUAUCCACACUCUUCUUCACUUGGAGGGUUCAGCUUUCAGGGCCUCAAUCAUAUUUCUGGGUCUUUGUCUGACCUUCUGCAGUUGCUUCAGACAUGUCUGCCCAAACCUUUGGCUACUGGUUGCAGUGGCAGGUGGGACUUUGUACUGUGAUCAUCACAGGUCCUACAAUUCUAGCUCUCAAGUACCUCAAGAACUCAAAGCAAGAGCCUUUGAAUUCUGUUGACUUGUGGAGUACUUGUUGGAAGACAGUGGAUCCUAUUUGGCUUCUGUUCUACAGAGCUUUUGCUUUCCUUUCCAUGGCCAAAAUGCUCUAUGACUUUUUGGCCAUAUUCCCAUUUUUCACUCUCGUUUUCUACACCCAGUGGACUUUUAUACUGGUUACUCUCUAUUUCGGGCUGGGGACUAUUAUAUCAGCUCAUGGAUGUUUUGUUGCAAGGAAUGAAUUGAAGGGGAAAGCCAAGUCAAAAAGCCAACAGAAAGCAGGAUUCUUAGGAAAUUUAAUGCAGAUUAUGUAUCUGACAAGUGCAGCUGCUUCUAUGCUUACAGAUAUAGUGUUUUGGUGUCUCAUAGUUCCAUUUCUAACGAGUAUGGAGUUUGAAAUGACUUUGUUGAUAGGAGCUAUGCAUGCCGUAAAUGCCGGUUUCCUUAUUGUGGAUACUGCUCUCAACCGACUUCCGUUUCCAUCGUUAGGAUUUGCAUAUUUUGUGCUUUUUAGCGCCCUCUACAUCACUUUCCAAUGGACCAUUCAUGCCCUUGGUGUUGACUGGUGGCCAUAUCCUUUCCUUGAGCUAAAUACACCUUGGGCGCCUGUAUGUUAUUUAGGGUUGGCAUUGGUUCAUAUUCCAUGUUAUUGGAUAUAUUCCUUGGUGUUCAAGGCAAAAGGCUCUAUUUUUACCAGAUUGUUUCCCUGUGCAUUUGUAAGGUUGCAUUCAUGAGAUCAGACUAUACCAGUUACCAAGUGACUGCACACAGUAGUUCCAAGUGACAGUGGGAGCUCAGUGUUUCAUGCUCAGUUUUGUAUGUACAAUAAUUUAUUAAACUCUCUUGCGCUGUUCCUUUCAUGCUUAUUUCCCAUUACCCCCCAUCAAAAUUUCAAGGGGAAAGCAGGGGAAGAACUCCGAUCCAUAUCACAAUGUUAAAUCAUUUAUAAAUGUAGACUCAAUCUUAUUGAAAAUCCAGAAACUUCCAUGGUGUUAGCA